CUCCGUGGCUUUUUUUUUUUAGUGCGCAUUCCCAGGAAAGGAAGGGUUGGGGUUCUGAUCCGCGUCAUUGAAUGGUCGUGUGUAUGGAGAUGAGGGCAGUCGCUACUCUUUGUUUAAAACUUCCAAAGUCCGUCCAGUCUGUUGUCGCAAAAACAGCAGUGAAUCUUGUAAACACGUACAUAUGUAUUUCAAGCUAAGUGACUCGAAUCCAGUUCAUCAGAUGCAUAAAGUGUUCUCCUGGGUUGAUGGGGAACAAGAAGUUGUGUCUUGGAUUUUCUUCAGUAUGGAUGUCACAGGAAGCUUCUUCCACAAACUGCGAACCUUAGCAGUCACUUUGGAGAAAGAGGCUGAGCAGCUCAAGCAGACUUUUCAUACACAUAGCACAGAACUUGAAGCUGAUCCUCCAAUGAGAUAUUUACAUGAACUGUACUCUGAAGUCCGGACAUUAAAGGUUGAAACUGAUAAUACUCUUGGUAAGAGUACUUCAGAAAAAGAUGCUACAUAUGACUUCCUAAAGGCCUGUAAAGUUCUAAUGAAAAGAAAUGCAACAGAUUUUGAGAAAAUAAGUGAUCUGUUCCAGAAAUAUGGUUACAAAUCAUUUGUUGGCAAGGAAACAGUAAUAAAGGAUGAAGCUGAAAACAACCUGGAAGCUACAAUGUCAGAUAAACAGGAGCCAACGCCCCCUGCUUGCUCUGAAAAAUCAUCACUACAAUUUCCACAGCUUUCAGAUUUUGGGCUUUCAAAAUAUGCUUUCCCAAGGACUCUGGGCACAAUGCUCCUGCAAUCCCAUGCACAGAAGAAAGAACCAAGAGUGGAUGAUUCUGAAUGCUUCUCACCCAGGGCAGAACACUUCCAUAUUCAUGGCCGUGACCUGUGUUUAAAUGAUGACACCACAAGUGUGAUGGAUGACCAAACAAUCUUCCUGCUUAAUAAUGCAAAACACAUUCGGCAAGCUAAUAAACUAAGUGGACCAGCAAUGGUACUGGCAUCAAGAGAAUGUCUGGCUACACCUAAGCAAAGAAAUGAAUUAUGUGAUUAUAUGUCUUCACCUGCUAAACCCGUGUUCUGCACACCUGGCUUGAAAAUCUCCCCCAGAAAGAAUAUCACUUUACCAAAAUCCCCAGAGACUAACCAAUCAGACUUGACUGACCCUACAACAGAAACUGUGCUUCAAGAUACAGAGUCUUUGACAACAGAACCUGAACAAAUAUGUGUCAAGGAGGUGGUGCCAAAUAAAAGUCAAACAGAAAGUGCUGUUGCAUCUAUCAAUCUCUCAAACAAGUAUCUGGAAGGUCUUGAAGAACCCUCUCCGCCACCUAUACUGGAUUAUAGAAACAUUCUUAGUACUCCACCACCACCACCUGAAAUAACAGUGAUUCCAAAACAGAUUCUUCAGAUUUUAUCAAAAUACAACCCAAAUGUAGAAACAUCUGGCUCAGUGGAGAAGAUGGCUAAUCGAGGAAUUGGUACACAGUUUGAAAAAGAGCCUACUUUUGGUGUUGCAAACAAAGAAAAUGGAAAGUAUUCUGGAUGAAUUCAACAAGAAGCCUGGUCUGGUUUUUGUCUGGACUGUCUGUGGUGUUCAAGCAUCUUUGCAAGAGUUUAGUAAAUGUAAUGGAAAAGAGAAAACUGUGAGAAAAUACAUGGAUAUGAAGGCUUUUUUUUUCUUUUUUCUGAACAGCUUGAACAAGUUCAACUGAAAUUAUUUCUUUUCUGACACUACUACUUAAAACUGAGAAUAAAAUAGAAACGUCUGCGUACUA